AUGGAUGCCGCCUUCAGCGCUGCAAGGGCUGCUCCUCCAGGAGCAACAGGAGUGAGGACGUCUGCUCUACGAACCCUUACUAACGGGCUACAGUCACGACCCUACAAUAACCAGGGCUAUCUGCAAAACGGCGGCAGCAGCUUGCCACCUGGCGCCGCCCCCCUACUACCGAACCAAGGACGAGUUAUCCAGACAGGCCCCAUUCGAGUUCUUUGCAUUGCCGAUGUUCGAGGAAACCUGAGGUCGUUGAACGAACUCGCAAAGCAAGCUCGCGCUGAUCACAUCAUUCACACUGGUGAUUUCGGUUUUUAUGACGACACGUCGCUGGAACGUAUUGCGGAAAAGACUCUCAAGCAUGUCGCUCAAUAUUCCCCCCUGAUUCCCGAUCCAGUCAAGAAGGCAAUCCAACAAGGCGGAAAUGGACCUGUCAAGACUCGGUUCCCGGCCAGCGACCUCCCGCUUUCCGAGCUUCCCCUUCUGCUCAGUGGAGAGGUGAAGCUAGAUGUCCCAGUCUAUACCGUCUGGGGUGCUUGCGAAGACGUUCGAGUAUUGGAAAAAUUCCGGUCUUCCGAGUACAAGGUUCCCAACCUACACAUAAUUGAUGAAGCUCGCUCCAUGCUGCUCGAGAUUGGUGGUGUCAAGCUCAGACUUUUGGGUCUUGGUGGUGCUGUUGUCAUGCACAAGUUGUUUGACAACGGUGAAGGCCGAACCACGAUUGCUGGUGGCCAAGGCACUAUGUGGACAACGCUGUUACAGAUGGGAGAGCUUGUCGACACGGCACACCGAGUGUACGAUCCUACCGAAACCCGAAUUUUCAUCACGCAUGCCUCGCCUGCGAGAGAGGGUAUCUUGAAUCAGCUCUCUGUUGCUCUCAAGGCGGACUUUUCCAUUUCCGCUGGAUUGCACUUCCGAUAUGGAAGCUCGUACAAUGAGUUUAGCGUUAACCCAACUCUGGACCACUACCGCGGAAAAUUGGCUGCCUCCAAGGCCUCUUUCAACGACGUAUGGGAGACUGUGAAGGGUGAGGUGGAGCCUGCCAUUUCGCAAAACGAAGCGCAGCAGAAUCUGCUCAAAAACGCGCUACAAAUUGUCGAAAAAAUGCCCACUACCGCUGCCGGCGGUAAUCCUUUUGGUGGCCCGGUGACCGGCCAAGCUGCAUUGGGCCAGGUUGAUGAGAGUGCUUUCAAGAACAUGUGGAACUUCAACCUUGCUGAUGCCGCGUUUGGCUAUCUUGUUUUGGAAAUUCAUGAUGGACGUAUUGGUACUGAAAUGCGCGCCCAGGGCUUCAACUUUUCCCAUCGUGGUGCCAAGCAGCAGCCCGGAGCAGCUCCCCCUUCUGCUGCUACUAGUGCUCCUCCCCCAUCUGUCUCUACUGCCGGGCCUACUGUUAGCACUCCUGCUCCUCCUGUUGCUGCCGCACAACCUGCGGCCCCGGCCAGCAGACAGGCAUCAUCAACACAGCAGCCUGAGAGUGCUUCUGCAACCACUCCGGCACCCGGCCUUCCCAAGCCUGCUACCCCCCAGCCGAGCCAGACAUCUACUAAGUCUGGUGGCAGCAAGGACAGUGAAAAGACCCCGGCUGCUCCGAAUGGGUCUACCAACAACGGCCCUGAGCCUGCUUCGUCUCCUGCCCCCAAGGCUCUUACUUCUGACAUCAUUGGUCUGUUCAUCAUGAAUGUGAGCAGUGAAGACCAGUGUCGCGACCUAUUCGAUGAGGCCGAUAAGGGCAAGAUCGUUAAGAUUGAGAAAUGGGGCAGCCAGAACAAGGUUGUUCAAUUCAAGACUACCGAAGACAGAGACACUGCUAUGGCUCGAUUGCCCGAGGAGAUCAAGACACGCACUCAGGAAGACAGGUCUCGACCCCUUGUAAAAAUCUUCCAACACAGAGAUGGAAAGACAUUUAGUAACCGCGGUGGUGCGGGAACCUGGGGCGCUAAUGUUCGUGGGGGCACGACAGGUAGCGGAUAUCGAAGCGCAGGCGGUAACAGCGACUCGGACAGCAACCGACGAGGCGGACGAGGUGGCCGAGGUGGACGGGGAACUGAUCGAGGACGUGGUGGGCGCGGUCGUGGUGGCAUGAAGGGCGAAGCUGGUGCCUCAUCUCCAGCUGCUGUCCCCUCAACGCCAGCGGAAUGA